AUGGAGGACGUCACAGCCACUGCAGAUGAACGGUGUAAGCUGGAGGCAUUGAUGAAGGGAUACUUUGUCCUGGAUAACAAUGCCGUCCUCAGAGCCGACACCAUGGUACUGAGCGCCCCUCUCACGUUUGAGCUGAGUAGCAAAGAGUGUGAGCUACUCCGACGGCGCACCAGCCACUUCGAGAACUGGGGAAUAAUCUACAUCAUCACAUCAACGGCUCAGACCUCAGGAUCGGCCCAGCUUUCUACCAUUGAAUGGAGGGCAUUCGACUUCUUCGACGUCAGCCAGGUCCGGCUGGCGGACGACGAGACGCGCCUCUUUGUCGAGAGCAAUGACAUCUCCAAGAUAUGCUCAGGCUCCGACAGCCUCUUCCUCGGAAGCUACGAUGGAUAUGUACGGAUAGUGGGAGCGAGCUGGAAAAUCAUUCGAAGCUUCCAAGCGCACGAUGCUGCCAUCACCCACAUGCGACAGAUCGAGGGGACGAGCUUGCUGCUCACAAUCGCGGAGGACCUGAGCAACGAGCCGGUGCUCAAGGUCUGGGCGCUCGACAAGCUGGUCAAGAAGACGAACAUGCCGACGUGCCUCAGCACGCUGCGGAUCAACAAUGGGAAGAAACAGUUUCCGAUCUCGGCACUCACAGCCCUCGACGACCUCUCGCAGAUUGCUGUGGGCUUCGCCAACGGCACCGUGACUGUCAUCCGCGGCGACCUCAUCAACGACUUGGGCGCGAAGCAGCGCAUCAUGUACGAAUCCGAGGAGCCAGUGACGGGUGUCGAGCUCAUCCCCGAACCGAGCAACAACAGUACAACUCUAUUUAUUUCGACAACAGCGCGGAUACUGAAGCUCUCCAUCUCCAAGAAGGGGCAUGGAUAUCCGCCCAAGACGGUCGAGGACGUCGGAUGCGAUGUUGGGUGCAUGACGCUGGACAAGAGGACCGAAGAAGUCGUCGUUGCGCGGGAUGACGCCAUCUACACCUAUACCGUUGAUGGGCGCGGGCCGCCAAAGGCAUACGAGUCACCCAAAAAGUCGGUGGCUGUAUACGGCGACUACACAGCGCUCGUAUGCCCGCCAUCGAGCGCUGUCAAGGACAAGCAGCCGGACUCGAUGAGGCGACGGUUCGGAGGGGCUGCGGAUGCACUGUUCAAUGCUUCGACCUUUGUCCUUCUGGAAGCAGAUCUCCGCCUCAUAGGACACACUGAGUCGCUCAUCUCGCCUUUCAGGGCACUCUUUCAGAUUUGGGGCGAUCUGUUUGUGAUGACGCAGGACGGCAAGGUCCACCGCUAUCACGAGAAGACUCUGCAGCAAAAGCUGGAACUCCUAUUCCAGCGCAACAUGUAUCCCCUCGCAAUCGAUCUCGCCAAAAAGUCAGGUAUGGACGAGAAGCAGCGGACCGAGAUCUUCCGCCGCUUUGCCGACCACCUCUACCAGAAGGCAGAUUAUGACGGCGCCAUGGUGCAAUACAUCAAAGCGAUAGAUACAACAGAGCCAUCACAGGUUAUCAGGAAAUUCCUCGACACACAGAGGAUACAUAACCUCAUCCAAUAUCUGGAGCAGCUGCACGAACACCGGAAAGCGACGUCUGAUCACACGACACUGCUUCUGAAUUGCUACGCAAAACUGAAAGACAUCGACAAGCUGGAGAAAUUCAUCAAAUCUCCCGGCGACCUGAAAUUCGACCUCGAGACGGCCAUCUCGAUGUGUAGACAGGGUGGUUAUUACGAGCAGGCGGCGUACCUUGCGAAACAGCAUGGUGAGAUUGACUUGGUGGUCGAUAUCCUUAUUGAGGACUCGAAGCAGUAUGACGAGGCUCUUGACUUUAUCUGGCGACAAGACCCCGAAGUGGCCUACCCCUGCUUGAAGAAAUACGCACGAGUUCUUAUUGAGCACUGCCCGAAAGAUGCAACAUCUAUCUUUGUCGACUACUACACCGGGAAAUUCCGACCGCGAAUUGGGGCGUUUGGAGGAGACACGACGGGCAUGCAGAUCAUCCAGGUCCAAGACAAUGAUGGCAACACAUCUAGCCGUAUCGUCGCCGGUGUUGCCGGAGCUGCCAGCGCCGUGCAAAACCUUACGAACUUGCUUCCCCUCCCGUACAUGAACUCGGCCGCAGUGGCGACGCCAGACUCGCAAGAGAACGGCAGCAAGACGAACGGAAACGGCACCGUCAUCCUCGACCCCGAGGACAUCCCGGCGCCCAAAUACACACCGCCCCCGCCGAGGACGGCUUUCUCUUCCUUUAUCGACCACCCGGACGAGUUCAUCGUCUUCCUGGAGGCAUGUCUCAAGGAGAAGGAGCUGAAACACUCAGACCGAACUGAUCUCUAUACGACACUGUUUGAGAUGUACCUCUCCAAGUCGAACGAGAAGCGGGGCGAGCAGCACAAGGAGGAGUGGGAAAACAAGGCCAAGAAGCUCAUCGAAGGCCAGGACAUUCCGAUGGAGAGCUCCAACGUGCUGCUCCUCUCGCACUUGUCCGACUUUCAGGACGGCACGCGGCUCGUCAAGGAGCAGUCGGGCCUGCUCUUUGACAUCUUCCGCUCGUACACGGCCGCGAAGGACACGCGCGGCGCGAUCCGGGCGCUGCGCAAGUACGGCUCGCAGGAGCCGCAGCUGUACCCGGCGGCGCUGGCGUACCUGACGUCGGACCCGCGCAUCCUCGAGGAGGCGGGCCCCGACGAGCUGGCGGGGGUGCUCGGCAAGAUCGACAAGGACGGCCUCAUGGCGCCGCUGCAGGUGAUCCAGACGCUCGUGGGGUCGUCGGGCGGCGGCGUGGCGACGAUGGGCAUGAUCAAGCCGUACCUGCACGAGACGAUUGAGCGCGAGCGGCAGGAGAUUGCGUCGAACCAGCGGCGCAUCGCGGCGUUCCGCACCGAGACGGACCAGAAGCGGGGCGAGCUCGCCGACAUUGGCUCCAAGCCCGCCGUGUUCCAGGCGACGCGGUGCGCCGACUGCGGCCAGCAGCUCGACCUGCCGGCCGUGCACUUUCUGUGCAAGCAUAGCUUCCACCAGCGGUGCCUGCGCGGCGGCGGCGCCGAGGGCGACUCCGAGUGCCCGCAGUGCGCCAAGGACAAUGCGACGAUCCGGGCGCUGCGGGCGACGCAGGUCGAGACGGCGGGCAAGCACGAGCUGUUCCGGGCCGAGCUCGAGCGGAGCGACGACCGGUUCGCCACCGUGGCGGACUGGUUCGGCAGGGGCGUCAUGGGGGCGCCGACCGCGGAUGCGUAG